UGAAUCCCCAAAAGGUCAGUUAUUCCAUGAUUAUAAAUGAAGAGACUAAUUAAUAAGGAUAUAUAGCUAGUGAAAGGAGAGAAACAGAAAAGUGCACAUACUAUUACAAUUCUAAGAUUAGCAUUUUCUUUCCUUUUCUUUUCUUUUCUUUUUCAACUGAUCACCAGUUCAACAUAUUAUCACCCAAGAUGCAUCCUGCAAAGCAGUAGGUGCAUCUUCAGAACUGGCUAAACAACAAAAAGAAAAGAAAAGAAAAGUACCAUCUUUCUCAAGGCUGAAAGAGUAGAAAUCACCCUUGCUACUCUUUCACUUGAGCAAAAGAAAAUGCUGCACAUAAGCUACAUUGUCUUAAUUCUACUUCUCAGCUCAUUUUCUUCUUUUGGAUUGGCAAUGUGGAACCUUACUUUCCCUACUCCUCAUCCCAACCCUGAACAAGUUGUUCAAGAUGUUCAAAGAAGAGUAAAUGCUUCCAUGUCAAGAAGGCAAAUGUUACAAAUAUCUCAAAAAGACCAGACCACAUGCCAAACAGGAAACCCAAUAGAUGAUUGCUGGAAAUGUGACCCAGACUGGCCCAACAAUCGCCAGAGGCUAGCCGAUUGUGCAAUUGGGUUCGGACAAUAUGCAAUGGGAGGCAAGAACGGUGAGUACUACAUAGUAACUGACUCAUCGGAUGAUGAUGCUGUCAACCCAAAGCCAGGAACAUUAAGAUAUGCAGUAAUUCAGGAGGAGCCACUGUGGAUAGUGUUCCCCAGUAACAUGCUGAUUAAGCUGAAGGAGGAGCUUAUUUUUAAUAGCUACAAGACACUUGAUGGACGUGGGGCUAAUGUGCACAUCGUGGGUGGUGGCUGCAUUACUCUUCAGUAUAUUAGCAAUGUUAUCAUUCACAAUAUACACAUCCACCAUUGUGUUCAGUCAGGUGAUACUAACGUGCGGUCAAGCCCCACUCACUAUGGAUAUCGAACGAAGUCGGACGGUGAUGGUAUCUCCAUCUUCGGAUCGAAGGACAUAUGGAUUGAUCACUGCUCACUAUCACAUUGCAAGGAUGGUCUGAUUGAUGCAGUGAUGGGGUCGACAGGGAUAACUAUAUCAAACAAUUUUUUCUCACAUCACAAUGAGGUGAUGCUUUUAGGACACAGUGAUGAGUACUUGCCUGAUUCAGGGAUGCAGGUGACCAUAGCCUUUAACCAUUUUGGAGAGAAGUUAGUGCAAAGAAUGCCAAGGUGUAGAAGAGGGUAUAUUCAUGUGGUGAAUAAUGAUUUUACACAAUGGGAAAUGUAUGCUAUCGGAGGUAGUGGUAGCCCUACUAUCAAUAGUCAAGGCAAUCGCUACACUGCCCCUUCUAAUCCUAACGCCAAGGAGGUAACGAAGAGAGUGGACACAGCAGAAGGGGAUUGGAAAGGAUGGAAUUGGAGAUCAGAAGGAGAUAUAAUGGUGAAUGGGGCAUUCUUCAUAGCAUCAGGUGAGGAAUUAGAGGUUAAGUAUGAGAAAGCCUACAGUGUUGAGCCCAAGUCUGCUGCUCUCAUUGAUCUUAUCACCAUGCAUGCUGGUGUCCUUGGUGUUGGUGGCAGGAACAACAACCUGGGAAUGUGGAGCACUGGAGCCAACGGUGGUGGAGCCGACCAGGAGUUGGGCGGUUCAGGCGAUGACUACUUGGAUGACUACUCAGGAAGCAGUUCUCCAGUGUCACCUCCCUCUGCCUACGCUCUUGUUUCGUUUUUGACUGCCUUCUCUUGCUUGAUAUCCUUUCAGAGUAUAGCCCUGACAUCUAUGUUAUAGCAAGCAACUAGUUGUGAUUUUCCUUUCCUUUCAAUUCCCAUCAGCUUGGGAAACCAGAACAUGUAUAUUAUGUUUGUCACCAAUUCUUGCAAGAUGGGAGCUGAAUUUCUGCUACACCCAGAUUACA